AUGAGUGUACUGAUAAUUGCAUUUCUUGUAUUCAUUAUCGCGUACAUUGCUCAUUUCUAUUGGAAAGUCAGCAAAUAUCCCAAAGAACCAUUCCCACUCCCUUUUAUUGGAAAUUUUUUACAGGUUUGCGAAUAA